AGACCUGGGUCCUGCACUGCAGCUGGGAAGGACGUGCGGGCCUGACAGAGGAGGGAGGGAGGGAGGUGGCUGUGUCCCUGGCUCCCAGGGACAGGUGCUGGGCUGGUUCACCCAGCACGCUGCCACCACCGGUUCCGGGAGACGCUCCUUGGCCUGGUGAGUGCUUGCUGCGCAGAACAAGUUACACACCACACUUGUGGGGAACUGGCAGCAGGGGAUAGAUUGGGCACAGAACGGGCACGUGGGCACUGGCAGUCACAGGCAGGGUGUUGGGGAUAGGCAGUUGCUAAGAUGGCUCACACAGAGGGAUUCUGGCAGAAGCCACGCCAUGGGGCAGUGGCCCAAGCAGGCCUGACAGCGCCCACAAUGCCCAGCUCUGCGUAGGUACCUGCAGCCCUCCUGAGGGUGGGGGUCUGAGUACGGGUUCUCGCCAUACCGGGUGAGGCGGACGGGGACCCGAGGGCCUGUCUGCAGAGCUCUGGGAGUCUUUUCAAGUCUCCCGAGACUUCCCGUCCACGGACCCCAAUCCCCGGCCUCCACCCAUCGCGCUGAGUGGCCGUGGGGGCGGGACAGGAACCCUUGCGCAGGCGCGCCGGGGCGGGGCGCGGAGAAUGCCGGACCUGCGAGGGGUGACGUCACGGCGCGCGACGCGGGAGCGGGUGCCGGCGGCAGCGCCGCCCUGAGCGGCGAGGCCGGGGUUGCGAGACGCCGGCGGGCGGCUUCGCAUCAUGUUCGGCUCCAGCCGGGGCGGCGUGCGCGGCGGGCAGGACCAGUUCAGCUGGGAAGACGUGAAGACCGACAAACAGAGAGAGAACUACGCAGGGAACUCGCUGAUGGCUCCGGUGGGCCGCUGGCAGAAGGGCCGCGACCUCACCUGGUACGCCAAGGGCCGGGCGGACGGUGCGGGACUGAGCCGGGAGGAGGAGCUGGCGGCUGUGCGGCAGGCGGAGCAGGAGGCACUCAUGGCGGCGCUAGGCUACAAGAACGUGAGGAAGCAGCCCACGGGCCUGAGCAAGGAGGACUUUGUGGAGGUGUGUAAGCGGGAAGGAGGGGAUCUCGAGGAGAAGGGAGUGGACCGGCUGCUGGGCCUGGGGAGCUCCAGCGGCUCGGCAGGCCGAGUGGCGUUGUCUCGGGAAGACAAAGAGGCCGCCAAGCUGGGGCUGUCGGUGUUCACCCACCAGCGCGUGGACAGCAGCCGGCCAGGCUCCUCACCAGCCUCGGCUAGGAAGAAGCCUCGGUCAGAGGAGGACAAGGCAGAGCCCGGCCCAGAGAGCCACAAGAAAAGCAGGAAAGAGAAAAAGAAGAAGAAGAAAAAGAAGCACAAGAAAGAGAAAAAGAAAGACAAGACACAUCGGAGCAAGAUGGCCUCGCCGCUGACCCCCACCUCUGCAGGAUCUGGUCGCCACAGGCACGGCUCUGACUCGGAUGUAGACUCCUUGCCUUGUUCCAAGAGGCGGCGCCGGGACCACAGUGACUGAGGCCUGCCCCCCCCCCCCACCGCCUCUGGCCCAGCAGCUUACAGAGCUAGUGCCACCCAAGGAGGACACACUGGGCCUGGAAAGAGCUCAUACAGCCGCUUCUAUUUUUCUUUCACUCACUCUUUGUACCGAAAUAAACUUAUUUUAA